GGUGCCCCGCCCACAGUUCAGGCGAAAAAUGGCGGGGUCUUCUGAGUUGAGGGUCCUUGACCCGCCAUGGGACAAGGAGCUCGCAGCCGGGACAGAGAGCCAGGCCUUGGUCUCCGCCACUCCCCGAGAGGACUUUCGGGUGCGCUGCACUUCGAAGCGGGCCGUGACCGAAAUGCUACAACUGUGCGGCCGCUUCGUGCAAAAGCUUGGGGACGCUCUGCCAGAGGAGAUUCGGGAGCCCGUUCUGCGAGAUGCGCAGUGGACUUUUGAAUCAGCUGUGCAAGAGAAUAUCAGCAUUAAUGGGCAAGCAUGGCAGGAAGCUUCAGAUAAUUGUUUUGUGGAUUCUGACAUCAAAGUACUUGAAGAUCAGUUUGAUGAAAUCAUAGUAGAUAUAGCCACAAAACGUAAGCAGUAUCCCAGAAAGAUCCUGGAAUGUGUCAUCAAAACCAUAAAAGCAAAACAAGAAAUUCUGAAGCAGUACCACCCUGUUGUACAUCCACUGGACCUAAAAUAUGACCCUGAUCCAGCCUCUCAUAUGGAAAAUUUGAAAUGCAGAGGGGAAACAGUAGCAAAGGAGAUCAGUGAAGCCAUGAAGGACAUAAGAGCGGAGGAUGGCAUUGACAUCCCUCAGUGACGUCACUGUGCUAGCAGCUGUUUUGAGCCAUUUUAUAGCUGAGCAUCUCCACCAGAAGAGCGCACAGGAAAAAGGAAAAGAGAGGAGGCUUUGACCUUGGUAUCUUCCUUCAUUUCCUUCUCUGACAAAAAUUUGGUGAAAAGGUUAAAAUAAGUGUUCGAAUUCUCUCUGACUUGUCAUAUUCUGUCUAUGCCCUUUGUGCCUGCCUCUGAUCCUGAGGAAGUGUAGAAAUGAGGGGAUGACACUGGCAGAAUAAUAAAAAUGGGCAAAGUUGUAGGGCACCCCUGCCCCAGGCCCCACACACCCCAGCUCCAGAGCCUCAGGAUCUUUCCCAGCCACGUGCCAAACAAUAUUGUAAAAUGAUUUUUCAUAGCCACACCUUUUAUUACACAGAUACUCGAUGAAUCUAAAUACUGUGCUAAGAGCUGUGUGGAUGUACACCUGUAAACCAAGGCACAGACCCUGCCCACAAGCAAUUUGCCAUCAGUUCCCGGAGCCAUCAGUAGCAUCUAGGGAUCUAUUAGAGGGAAUAGAGGGAUCUGAGGGAGAGGCUAGGAGCCCAAGCAAACCUGCACUUCUGCUCCUAGAGGGAACUUGAGAGUGAAACUCAUGGGUUUGGAAACUUCUGUGGAAUUAGCUGCUUGCAAGAAAUGAUUUUGUCUGGUUUUAGAAACUAUGAUGGAACGCUAAGCUAUUCCUGUAAUUGACUGGCAAGUUUUAACACUUACUGCAAUUUAUUUUUGUUGUAAGCCCAACCCAAGAAUUCUUCCUUUAAAAAAAAAUUUCAGAUUGACAAACGACUGCUUCUUUAGAAAUCCUCCCUACUAAAAUUACUCCUCAUUUCUUUUUCUUUCAUAUGCAAAUGGAGCAAACGUUCAAACACACAAAUAAACACUGCUCUUUGCCAGAGUGGUGGACCCUAUGGCCUCUCCACCCCCAGCACUCCCAGUCUUGCCCUCCUGCAAACACUAGACUUAAUUUUCUCUGCGCUGAGAGCCCUCCUUGAGUCAGAGUGAGAGGAAACAGAAGGGAGAAGCUGUGAGAUGUGGCAACAAAGGGGACGGUGAUCAGGUUUAUCCCUGAUGUUGUCUGUGAAGGUAUUCCAUUCUCCAGAGAUCUCAUCAAAUGGUAUAAGUGAUGGGCAGAUAAGCCUGUGGUUCCCUUUACUCAUCAGAUCAGAGCCUCAGAAUUCUCAGAAACCAUUUUUUUCCUAACAUAAAACUCCUUUUCUCAUUUAUAUCCCUCUGUAAAUCUGAUUUGAAAAAAUUGUUUGAACAAACCCACAGUGUCAGAUUUGUUCCAGCUAUAUGAGCUCACAAUUCAUCUACUCUUGGUAGUUCAAGAUAAAAGAUUACCCAAAGAAAAGGAAGAGAUUGAGUAAAGCCACAACUGUAACAGUGUCCCAGAUUGGGUAAAAGGCCAUUAAAAGAUAACGUGAAUUGUAGAACUGUUUAAAGCAGCAUAUUUUAAAAACAGGCAUAUAAAGAAUCCACUUUAUGCCUGGAAUUGUACAAAAAUAAAUGUUUACAUAUAUAAUGUUAUCAGCUUAUUUGCUGAAGGUAAUAGCAAUAUAAUGCUAGUGGUUACCAUGUAUUAAGUGCUUACUACCUGCCAUGAUCAUACUAAAAGCUUCACGUGCAUCAUCUCUUUUAAUCCUCAAGACAAUCCAUGAAUUAAGGGCUAUUAUCACGCCCAGUUCAUGAGGAAGAGGUGGAGGUGAGAAGGGAAGUGCCUGGCCACCUUCCCAGCGGUCCAUAGACAUGUAGAGCAGAGCGAGGCCUUCUUACCACAAACUCUGCUUCCACCUUCUCCCCGUGGUUCACAGCAAAGGCCUUGUCCAGAGUCUCAGACACCCUUGCCACUACACCACAGCAACCUCGUUGGUUCUUCUCAUUUUUUUUCAAUGACACAUAGCAACAGAGAGUAUCAACAAACAUUUUUUAAAUUUCCCAGCAGUUAAUGAAUAGUGAAUAUUACUAUUCAUUAAGUAAUACCAGCUUCUAAGAAAGUGCCCAAAGUUGUUUAAAGCAAUUUAUUAUCUUAAUGAGGUUAAAUAUGAACUUUUGCUGUUAAUUUCUUGGGAAAUAUAAAUCAUCAUAGCUAGUCAUUCUUUCAUCGUGGGAAGCUAACGGUCCUGAUUGUUCAGGAUUAUAAUUAUAAUAAAUUCUGAAUUGGUGACGUAUGAAUUUAAGAAGGUUACAAAACAAUUUCCAGACAACUGAGUCAUAAAGUUUUUGUGAGAAGUAUGUGCCACAUGUCUAAUUCAUUGUCCUUUCUCUCCAGUGGUAUAGUUAUGAUAUUAACCUAAAUUGCAAAAGGAAUCAUUUUAGUUGGCUGCUGCUUGAAAUUGUAUCACUUUUCCAAAUUUAGGUAGUGUCUGUUACAAGGAGAAUGUUUUUGGAAACAUUAACUUGACUGAUACUCAUUUCCCUGGUUAAGUGGCCUUCCUGCCAUGUGCUGAGUGGUGGGACUUACUGCCCCUCAGUAAUUUGGAAGGGGAUCCUGGGCCCUGCCUGGAACAAAGGGUUGCAAGUCUCAAGGCAAGUCUUAAAAGCCAUAUAUAGUUUUCAGAAAAAGAGAUUUUCUAAAUUCCAUUUACCCCCAUUUAACACAUUAGGAGCCAAGCCUGGUGGACUAGCUCUGGGGGCAGUCUACGAGAGAAGGGGAUCAGGGAACCUUCAUCCUUUCUGCCUCUGGUGAACUGCGCAAGAUGAAGAGGAUGAAGCUGGGCGACCGAGAGCCCACCCUCCCUCUCUCGGCAGUCAUCUCCAAGGCUGGAGUAGACUGGACUGGAGGGCCUCUGAGAGGACGCAGCUAGGAAGCACGCUGUCCCUGUGCUCUUCACCCAACAUGAAGAGACAGGACGGGAAAGUCCAUGCUGUGCUGGUGUCCAUCAGAGGGAGGGACACCAUUCAGCCCCUGGGACCGGCCUCAGCUCUGUUGUUGCACAGAAGGCAUUUGGAGAUCCCCACGUGCCACAUGGAGGAUUGUGGGAGGAGCCCACCGAGGUGGCCGGCAGCCUCUCGUGGACACCAUGGAGAGUGAGCCAAUUACCCUGCAUUUGAGGGCUACAGAGUGGCUCACUGGUCUGGACAUUGAAGAGGAGCCAACCUCAGGGGUAACGCAGGGCCGCUGGGAGCUGAGAUGAGCCAGGUGGUCGGUGGGGGACACAAGCCUAGAACAAAUUCAAUAAACCAGCCACAGACGUUAUCCUCAGAUGUGCCCAGAGACGAGGUGGACAGGGGCAUUUGCUGUGGAGACCAGAGGGCCAGAGAGAGUACAGGGACCUGGAUAGAUGGCUCCAGCACCUCUUCUCCCUACACCCAUAUGCCAUCUUGAUAAACAGCAGGGAAAUCUGAAAAAUACCAAGUCUUCCCGUAGAGACAGUGUUACCUCCCAAAAACUGUUUGAAUAAUUGGCUUGAACUGGAUUUUCUGAACUGAACUAAUGCUAUUGUUUUGUGGAGUUUUUUCUUCCUGCUGAGUAGAGUAGUUGUUUAUGGGGGACAUCUGAUCCUUUCAUUUUCUUCCAGAGAGCUAACCACCUGUUCUGACACCAUUUAUUGAAUAGUACCUCUUUUUCCCUACUGAUGUGAGAGGCCGCAUUUUUCAUCUAAUAAAAUUGAAUAUGUAUUUAGAUCUA